AAAAGAUUCACAUAAAAAAGAAAAAUAACCCUAAAUAUAAAACGCAUUAAUGACGUAACUAAUAUUUCAUUCAUACAAUACUAACAAAAUAGUAACUAAAGAAAAUAAUAACUAUAAUAAUAAUAAGGAAAAAAAAUUCAUCGCAACUUGCACAACAUAUACAUGCAUGUACCUUAAAACUAACAUCAUAUAGUUAUUUCGGUACUCUUGUGUAUGAUGUCAAAAUUGAAAAAUAAAAAAACAAACAUAGCAACAUUAUCAUCAUCAUCUUCAACAAUAACAACAUUACCAACCUCAAUACCAACAAAAAUAUCAACACCACCAUUAACAGUUAAAGAAAAACGAAGAUUACAACAAAGACGUAAUAGCUCUUCACCAGUUACAAGAAUUAAUUACGAAACAAAUUUAUCAUUUAGUAAUAGAACUGAAUUCACCAUUACAAAUCAUACAUUAACAUCUAUACCCAUUGAUACAAAUUUAAAAAGCACAAAUUCAACAACAUCUUUAAAUUCGGAUAUUAUAACAAAUUCACCAGGACAAUUUCGUCGUAGUCGUAUACCAGUAAUAAUAAAUUCACCAUCACGACAUAAUUCAAGACGUUCAUUAUCGGCGAGAUUGCGCACUAAUAAUUCUACUAACAAUUCAACAACAUUAACAGCAGGAAAAACUAAUACAACAGCAACAAUAAAUAAUUCUGAUUUAUUAUUAUUUACAUCUCCUCCAACAUUUCGUAAACGUAUAAGUUCUUCAUUAUCACGAGAUUCAUCACCAGGUGGUGUUAAAUAUUUUGGUGGUCAUUAUUAUCUUAAUAAUAAUUUUAACAGUUCUCACUGUUAUAUACAGCAACAUCAUUAUCAGCAACAGCAACAACAACAACAACAACAACAACAACAGCAACAACAUUUUUAUAAACAACAACAAUUAAAUGAACAAAAACUGUUAAACCAAUACCAAUUGAAAAAACAACAGCAAAUACAAUACAACGAAAAUAAAAUUUAUCAACAACAAAAAAUUCAAAACGAAUUUAAAGGAUAUUCAUAUAAUAUUAAAAAUAAUAAGAAGGGAAAACACGAAGUUAUACUAACACAACAUUUGAGUAAAAAUUUAAUUACAUCAAGUAUUGUAGGAAUAGAAACUGAAAAAGAAAAUCAAAAUUUUAAAAUAAAAGAAAAUAUUAAAGCUAAUGAAAAGGAUAAAAUUAAUAUAGAAUUUAGUGAUUGUAACGAUAUCAUUGAAAUGAGUAGCACAUUGAAAUCGGAUACAAAUAAUAAAAUAGAUAAUAAUAAAGAAUUAACAACUGAAUUAAUAAAUGAAAAUAAUACAAAUAGUAGUGAUAUAACAUCAAAACCAACAACAAAUACGGAAACAGCAACAACAACAACAACAAAAACAACAGUAUGUAUAACAGAAAAUACAGUUAAUAAUAUGGCGUCUAAAAUGGAUGAUAUGAAGGUCAUAUCAAAAGAUGAAGAAAAUUUAAUGAAAAAUCAAAAUGAAAAAAAUAUAGAAAAUCUAGAUGAUAUUAUUAAUAAAAUUGAUGAAACAAUUAUUAAUACAACGACAUUAAUAAUUAAUAAUGAUAAUAAAAUAAUACCAAAUGGUAGUUGUAUUGUUGAAAAUCAAAUUAAAUGUCCAAAUGGUUGUUGCCCUAAAUCAUCAUGCAGUCCAAUAAGUCCAAUUGCUGAAGAAGCUGAAGAAUCUGGUAAUAUAUUAUUAAAUUGUGCAAAUACUUUAAAAAAAGAUAAUAAUAAUAUUACAACAAAAAAUAUUGUAUGCUGUACAAAUUCAUCAUCAACUGGUAUUACUUGUACCUCAUCAGGCGCUAAAACAAAACGUGAUUCUGGUGGAAUGACAUUAAAUCUGAAUGCACCAUCGACAUCGAAUGCAAAUAAUAAUAGUAAUAAUAAUGCUAGCACUUCGAUGAAAUCACGUACACCAAUAACGCCAAAAACUCCGCAUACACCAAAAACCCCAUCAAGAUCAAAUUGCAGUCCAUCUUCAUCAACAAAUCAUAAUAAAAUUACACCAAAAACUCCACCAGUUACACCAGAUUCAUAUAAUACAUAUAUAGAUGACGAUUUAGAUUCUGUUUACAGUUAUAGUUCGGGCAGAUCAACAAUGUCUUGUGAUCAUCCUUAUGUAGCAAGGAAUGGAACAACAUUUAGUGGUAGAAAAAUGAAAUAUGUUGUUCAUUGUUCUGCAUAUGCUGGUCAAGUUGGUGAUGAUUAUUUAACACCAACACAACGUGCUCAAAGGCAAUUAAGACGUUUAAAAGAACUAUUAACACAGGCACGUCAAGAUUUAGAACAAAAAGAUUCUGAAUUAUUACGUUUAACACGUGAAGUUGUUGAAUUACGUUUAUUUAAAGCAUCAUUAAGUUCACCAGAAGAUCCAUCAAAUUCAAGUGAUGCAGUUACUGUACGUGAAGCACCAACUGAUUUAAAAACAUCACAAGAUGUAUCACCAAUUGUUGAUACAAUGAUGUUAGAUGAUGGUAUAAAAUCAAGUCCAAAACAUGUAUUAUUUCAUCAUGGAGGAAAUUCUGGUAGUGGAAAUUUACAUCAUCAUCAUCAUCAUAUUCAUCAUCCAUCUCAUAUUAAUAAUUAUAAUAUUGGUUCUGGUGGUGGUAAUAGUAGUAGUUCAUCAUCCCAUCAAACAUCAACAAAUUAUUUGGAUAAAAUAUCAAAUUCUGAAAUGCAAAGUUCAUUUGCUGAUUCCGGUCAUUUUGAAGAUAUGACAACAUCACAUUCAACCCAAGAUCAAGCAUGUGGUAGUGAUAAUAAUUUAAUUGAAACAUAUGAAGAACAGAGAGCUGAAUUAAUAAGAUUGUAUGAGAAAAAAAUUGAAGAAUUAAUUAAAAAUCAAGAUGAUGCAACUGGUGAAUUAAAAAAAUCACAUAAUGAUCGUAUUGAAGCAUUAUUACAAAAAUUAGCUGAUAUUAAUACUAGAUAUGCUGACAUUGUACCAGAUUAUGAACAAGCAAAAGAAAAAAUUCGUGAAUUGGAAAAACAAUUAGAAGAUUUACAACAAAAAUUAUUGGAACAUGAAGAAACACAAAAGAAAAUGUACUUACAUAUGUAUCAAAAAGGUCAGGAAGCUGAAAGAAUUGCACGUGCUGAACAGAUAAUGGAAAUAGCGCAUAGGCAACCAAAUCGUGUAUCAAUACCAGAAUUACUGCAACAAUUACAGAGUACACAAGACGAAUUAGAAAAUAUUAGGGUAUGCAACAAUAGAGAAAGAGGUGAAUGCGCUCUUCUAACAGCAAAAGAAGCUAUAUCGUUAUGGGUACUUGGCGCGAGGAAGACAAUCUAUCGGCGUUUAAUUGAAGCUCAACAAAAUAAACAAAAAGUUGAUCCAGAAGUAACAUUGCAGUUCCUUAAGAGCGCUAUUUAUUAUUUUUUAACUGAUAAAGAAAAUUCACAAGGACAUUUGAAUGCAAUCGAAAGUAUUUUAGAGUUUUCUGAACAAGAAAAAGAAAAAAUUCAUAGAGCACGUACAUCGAAAUAAAUUUAUUAUUUACAUUGUAUAAGUUGUUUUACUAUAUAUUCUUAUAUAUACAAAUUUUUAUUCAAACGAAAAAAUACACAAGUUUGAAAUAAUGAAAACUAGUAAAAAAAAAAUUACAGCGCUAUCAUAAAUUUGUAGUUCAAAA